AUGGGCAAGACGGGGAGUAAAGUCCUCAGAGAAACCUCAGUGGACGGGGUUCAAGCCCAGCCUCCUCCUGCAGUGGCUGCUCCUGCUCCUGAUCCUGAUCCUGAUCCUGAUCCUGCUCCUUCUCCUUCUCCUGCUACCGUUAAAUUCGAAGGACUCACUAAAACUAACAAGAUGAAGGUGAAGUGGACCCAGCUGGGUUUGGUCUUCUUUCUGGUUUUGUCACUGGUGAUGACGGGAUGCUUCUUCUGGCAAUAUCAGCUGCCCAAACUUCUGCCAGGUAAGAUCGAGGUCACAGGUGGAGACAAAAAAAAGGUCAGAAAUAUUAUGAUGUGUCCUCGCUUCCCCGAGGCUCUCCAGCUGGAGCAUCCUAUCGCCAGUCUGAAAGAGGCCCUGGAAAAGGUGGACGUUUUGCUUCGGCAGAGCAUCAACCCUAUCAGCCUUCCCUCUCUGUCGGCCAUCGUGAUCUUAAAUGACACUGUUUUGUGGACCGGCAACUUUGGAAAAAGGAAUGCCAGUGACCCUCACUCAGGACCCCCGAAUGAGUACACAAUUUACAGAAUUGCAAGCCUAUCAAAAAUCUUCCCUACGCUGAUGCUGUACAAACUGUGGGAGGACGGGAAGAUCGGCUCCCUGGAUGACCCUCUGGAAAAAUAUGUGGACAACUUCACCAUCAAAAACCCUCUGGGAAAGACGCGAGACUCUGAGCUGAAAUAUGUAACAGAUGGCCUGAUAUUUUUGGACAGCGGGGAGGUUCAGAUCCGCUCUUCCUCAGUCACCCUGCGCAGGAUGGUCAGCCAGCUCUCGGGUCUACCCAGGAGACUCCGGGCCACAAGUCUGCUUUGGAAAGGAAAAACACAAACUGCAAUCAAUCUGCUGCAAGACGAUGUCCUCGUAGCAGACCCAGGCACUAAAUGUCACUACAGCAACCUCGCCUUCUCACUGCUGGCUCAUGUGAUGGCCGAGCGAGUGGUCGCCGUUGACUACCAGCGGUGGAUUACAGACAACAUCCUGGACCGGCUGGGGAUGGAGGACACCGGCUUCGACAUCACCCCGGAGCUCCAGGGCCAGAUGGCUGUGGGAGUGUACUCCAACGGAAAGCCAGCCCCGCUCUAUGACCUGGGCUGGUACCGGCCUUCGGGUCAGAUGUUCUCCACGGCUGCAGACUUGGCCAAGCUCGCCAUGAUGCUGCUGGGUGCUUAUCACCGCAAGAUGCUGGAGCCAGACUCGUUGAAGAUCAUGCUGACCCCGCUCUUCAGGUGCGAUAAGGACUACUUUGCCAACCGUACUGGGACACCGUGGGAGGUGAAUGAACUGAUGGGCUACGAGAUGGUGCGUAAAGAUGGCGAUCUGGACGGCUACUCUGCCACCUUCUCCCUGGUGCCCAGACUGAAGCUCGGUCUGGUGGUGCUAAUGGCUGGCAGCCGGUCUCAGAACCAUGACUUGGUCACCAAGGCCUACAACCACAUCAUACCAGCCAUAGAAAAAGCCUUUAGGGAGGCCAAGAAGGUCCUUUAUCCCCCGCCAAAGCCAGAACCUUACAUCGGCUUUUUCACCUACAGCAACAUCACCUUUUACGAGAUCAAAGUUGGGCCAGACGGAGUUCUGAUCAUGCAACAGUUUGGGCCUCAGAUUGAAGAGCUGAUCCCAGAGAAGUACAGGACAAUAAAACUUAACUACCUGGUUGACCGGGUGUUCAGAGUGGUUUUUGAAAAGGAGUACCCUUGUGUUUUGAAAGUCGGCACGGCCUCAGUGUCCCUGGAAGCCCAAGAUGGCCAAUUAUUUAACUUCUACACAUUUGACAAGAGCGGUUUGUCCACUGGUUUUGAUGCACCAGGACUAAACACAUACAAUGUGGUGAGAAUAGCCCGCAAGCCAACCUUCUCAACCUGA